GUAGACAAAAAAUUAUUUUUGCUUACAUUAAAUAAAUGGCAGACAAAUCAUUUUGUUCAGUUUACGGUAAGAAAAAAAUAACUUCAAAGAAAUCAUUAACUGGAUUUUUGCAAAGAAAACAACAAUAUAAGAAAAUAAAAUUUUUGAUGCUAGGGGGUAUGUUUUUAGCUAUUAUCUUUAUAAAAUUUGUUUUAAAAAAUGGUAAUGCACCUCAAAAGCAAGAUGAAAAAUGCAAAAUUGUGAGCUUAGUUUCUAUUAAAGAAAAAGAUUAUACGUUAAAAAACUCUGUAAAUAUACACUAUUGGGACAAUAUAUGUGGAUAUGCUGUUGAGGAUUUGAAAAGCCAUCCUAUGUUUCCUUAUUCACCGUUUCGUCAAGAUACUACAGAUUCAUUGCAUCUUAAACUCACUGAAUCUCAAUUUGGCGCUCGCAUAUUUGGUUACAUUCAUCCUCCUAUUGAUGGAUUUUAUGUGUUUGCUAUUAGCUCAGAUGACUGCUCCGAAUUUUGGUUAAGCAGUGAUGAGGAUCCUUUGAAUUUAAAACUUUUAGCGGAAGUUGGCGGGAUUUCUGGAAAGGAAUGGUCAUACGAAAAUCAGUUUGAUAAGUACCCUAGACAAGAGUCAAUUGAAGUUCAACUUUAUGCUGGAAAGAAGUACUUUUUUGAUGUUUUGUGGAAACAAGAAAGAGCCCGUGGGCACGUUCAGGUAGUUUGGAAAAAACCUAUAAAUAUAAGGUUUAAAUCUAUCGAGAGAAUUUAUCUUUCGCAAUACGACAACAAAAGUUAUAUUGAAAAUAAAAUAUAUUAUCACGAUUAUUUAAAGAACGAUUUAAAGUUGCCAAACCUUCCGAGUCAUAGAAAAAUGUUUAAUAAAGCCUACAAUAUAAAUCUUAGCGAGCGGAAAACAGUUUAUCAUAGGGAUAGUGCAGAGUUUUUGUCACUUUCGCAUAUAACAUUUAAUGAUGUGAGUGAUGUGUUAACUACGUGUACGUAUUCCCCGAGCUGGAUAAUCGAGGCCAAUAGCGAAAAAGCUAAAAACUUAGGUAAAUACGAAGGAGUACAUUUGCCUCACUACUACAAUAUUUCGACUCGAAUAUUUCCAAGAGAUCAAACAUGGGAUCAUUCAUCCGAAUGCAUAGGUGAGUCAUUAAAACUUAUGCAUUGUCAAGGCAACGAAGUUGAAAACGAAGUCUCUGCUCAAUGGCCAGUCAAUAAAUAUAUGAUGGCCCUUUCGAUCAAGUUCCCUAAUCGUUUCAAAUUGCACACAAUUGUUAAUAUUGAAAGUGCACAUGAUGUAUACGGCGACCGUUAUUUGAUUGAACUGGCCCUAGAAGACUUCCAUGAAAGCAAAAUAUCAAGACUCUCAGUCUAUGUUUUUCGUUCAUUUAAUUCAAACAAAUUGUGUUACCCCGAAGACUUUCAGUGGAAUAACAACGCAAUGGUUCAUUUAAUUUUAACAGUUAAAAAUCAAGGAGCAUGGGUUCAACACUACAUUGAAUCUCUAUCAAACCUCUAUUCAAAAACAAAAGAUGAAAAGCUUAAUCUGAUUAUAGUUGAUUUUGAAAGUUAUGACGUAAACGUGACAGAAUUACUUGCAAAAAGUAUACUUCCUCACUGGCAGGUUAUUACGCUAAAUGGAAAGUUUUAUAAAACAUUAGCUAUUCAACGUGCAAUAAAUAGUAUAAAAGAAGCAGACAGUAUUGCAUUGCAAACAGAUUUACAUAUAGAAUUUCCCAUCAAUUUCAUUGAUAAUUCAAGAAAGCACUGCAUUCAAGGUAAAAUGGCUUUCUCUCCACCGUUAAUGAGAUUGGCUUGUGGUAGAUAUUCUUAUAAUCCAGGCGGAUUUUGGGAUAUUUUUGGAUAUACAAUUUUUGGAAUUUAUAAAAGUGACUGGGACAAAACCGGUGGAAUGGAUGAUGAAAAUUUUCUUCAAGAUAAGCGCGGAGGAGAAGAUUGGGAUUUUGUUGAUCGUGUGAUAAAAAGUGGAUUCGAAAUUGAGCGUCUUAGAAUCCCGUAUUUCUUUCAUUAUUCCCAUAGAAAAUAGGAAAUAAAAGACGUUUUCUAAAUUGUUGAAUAUCCUAA